UGACCCUCCCUGCACGCAUUGCGCAGUAUUAGAUGGGUCGGCGUGAACCAUCGCCAUUUCCUCCGUUGACUUUCAGUGCUGAAAGUAGCUAACUAAUCAAGUAGUUAACGACUAGUCAGACGGGAAAGAAGCUUUAGUUGUGAAUCUCUGAAAACGUUACUGUCUCACUACUCUAAGUUAGUCUAAAAAUGAGUGACACUGAAGAUGGCAACUUCGAGGGUCGAGUUAUUGGUCGUGAAGGAUUUGAAGAGUUUAAUCCAAGAAUGUGGAAGAAUAUCCAAGAAUAUCAGAAGGCUUUUGAAAAUGUGUUGCAGAGCAGAACGUAAACAGGGCGGGGGAAAAACAGGACGGAAGAAUGUCAGAUAGAAGGCACGCUCGCGUUAUCGCUCGUAAAGCAUAAAGAAAAGAAGGAAAGAAAAAGGUUUCAAAUUGGGGGAAGAAAAUGGAACAGAAACAGAAAAAAGCAAGGCAUGAAAAAAUGAAAACUGAAAAAACGAAGACCGAAGAACAAUAGAAUGCCUGAAAGAGGGAGUAGGAGGAAUGAAUGUGUCCGUUGUAGGUUAAGUAAACAUACCUGUACCUUUAACUUGCCCUACACAACUGCAUGACAUCUGUUGCCAUGGUGAUCCAGGACUCGCGCUCCCCAUCUAAAUCGGAUCGGGGGAGCCCGGCCCACGUCAAAUCGGAAAGCCGCUCCGGCUCGGUGAGCCCGUCACGUGCCUCCAAACGCUCUGGGUCCAGGUCACCUUCACGCUCCAAGUCCAGGUCUCCCUCACGCAGGCAUUCCAACCGCCGGUACAGCCGCUCGCGCUCCCACUCUCAUUCCCACCGCAAGAAGUCCCGCUCCCGCUCCUACUCCCCGGAGUACCGGCGGCGCAAGAGCCAGAGCACGUCCCCCAUGUCCAGCCGCCGCAGACACGCCAGCAGCAGGGGUUCCCAGGAUCAUGGAAAACCAGACAAAGCGAACCCUGACCCCAACACGUGCCUGGGUGUGUUUGGCCUGAGCCUGUACACCACGGAGCGAGACCUGAGGGAGGUGUUCUCCCGCUACGGCCCCCUCGCCGGCGUCAACGUGGUCUACGACCAGCGCACCGGACGCUCCCGCGGCUUCUCCUUCGUCUACUUCGAGCGCAUCGACGACGCCAAAGAGGCAAUGGAACGAGCCAAUGGGAUGGAGUUGGAUGGGCGGCGUAUCAGAGUCGACUACUCCAUCACCAAGCGCCCCCACACCCCCACGCCUGGCAUCUACAUGGGCCGGCCCACACAUAAUGGAGGAAGUGGAGGAAGUGGAGGAGGAGGAGGAGGAGGAGGAAGAGACGGUGGCGGCGGCGGUGGUAGUAGCAGCAGUAGUGGUGGCAGGAGGAGAGAUUCCUACAAUGACCGUGGCUACGACCGAGGCAACGACCGAGGCUACGACAGAGGCAACGACCGAGGCUACGACAGAGGCAACGACCGUUAUGAUGAGUACGACUACAGAUACAGUCGCAGGCGCUCUCCAUCUCCCUACUACAGUCGGUACAGGUCUCGAUCCCGCUCCCGCUCCUACAGUCCACGACGAUACUAAAACUUAGUUUCCUGUAGCCUGGUCCUUCCAAAGGGCAUCUGAUGGUGGGAGGGGUGUGAUCCUGUCCAUGGCCAGAAGAUGGUGCUGUUUACUGAUAAGAAGAGUUUUCUCUCUCCAUGUUUUGGUUAACCUGUCUUACUUUUUUUUUUAUUUAAUUUUUUUUAUUUAGUUUUUAGUUUUUCAUGUGAAGGUUAUCACAACCUUAAGAUUGACCAGCAGAGAAGAAACUAUUUUUUUUUUAUGCCUUCUAGCCCCACCUGAAGGAGAGACCUGUAAUACCCGUGUUUAUGUACAUUUACAGUGUGUACGUGUUUCUUUGUGUUGAAUUGCAUACGUUUUGGCUGAGGUGUGUGUGUGUAUGUGUGUGUUGGAGAGAGAGAGUGUGAGUGAGUGAGUGAGCGAGCGCAAACACACCAAAAUGGCGAGUUAACCUGGUCUGUUUUCUGUAAUCCAUUUCCUGUUGUUGGUUUAACGAAGAGUAGUAAUGUUCCCGUAGUAACCAGGCCGUGAGCGAUCAUUACGUGUCUGACUGCGGCUGAAAGAGGUAAUUCUGAGGUGAACCUAACACUGGUGUGGUUUCAGCACAUCUCUGCUGAAACUCCCCAACCUGUGUGUGUGUGUGUGUGUGUGUGUGAGAGAGAUUGUACCAUCAACAUGACAUCUGUCCACAUGCAUUAACAACACAGAUGUGCUUUUCUCUUGAGAUUAUUUUGUGUGCAUCAUGGAUGUUCUCGUAGAGUUGUGUCUUUUUCAAGAAAUAAAAAAGGCCUUCCAGCUA